GCUUGGUUUCGGAUUCAAAAGAACACACAAGAUUGGAAGGGAAGGGAAGGGAAGGGAAUAGAACACAAUAUUUUUACACCAUAAAAUAAAUAAAAAAUAAAAAAAGAAGAAGUCAGAAGAUGAAUUCCAGAAACUCUUCUCUUCUCUACGUAGCUCUCGCUCUUCUGGCUUUGUCGUCCGCCAUUGAGGCCUUCGACAUCACCAAGAUGCUAGGACAAUACCCUGACCUUAGUUCCUUCAAUCAAUACCUCACCGAAACCAAGCUUGCUGAUCAGAUCAAUAGUCGUCAAACCAUUACCGUCCUCGCCAUGGACAACGCCGCCAUUUCCGCCAUCUCCGGCAAGCCAAUGGCCACUAUCAAGGCUAUCCUCAGCACUCAUGUCGUCCUCGACUACUUCGACGAGAUGAAGCUCAUGUCCGCGGUCGAGAACCAACAGACUCAAUUGACCACUCUCUACCAAACCACUGGUCCCACCAAUAGCCAAAUGGGCUUCAUCAAGGUCGGCCUAAUUGGCGAGGGCGAGAUUGCGUUUGGAUCCGCCGUCAACGGCGCCCCUAUCGACGUGGAACUCGUCAAAACCGUCGCCACUGAGCCUUCAAAGAUUUCUAUUCUCCAAGUCGUCAGACCAAUUAUUGCUCCUGGCAUUGAUGGACAAUCGUCACAAUCAGCAUCAUCGCCGGCUGCAUCAUCGGCACCAAAAGCUCAGGCUCCAUCAUCGGCACCAAAAGAAAAGGCUCCAGCAGCAUCACCAUCGAGAUCAUCGCCACCUCCAUCAGAGGCACCAGCAACAGCAAAGGCUCCAGCUACAUCAAGGAAGCAGAUAUCACCAUCGUCCGAGAUCUCACCAUCUUCAGAGAGCUCGCCGGCGCCGGAGAUCUCGCCAUCCGCUGAAGAAGCUGAAGCACCAUUGUCAGAUGACUUGACUCCAAGUGACGCUCCAGUUCCGGCUACCAGCAGCUCUGCACGGAUCCAGAUGGGCAUAGUUUGGGCCGGACUUAUGGGCCUUGGGGCCCUUUUGGUCGCUGUGUAAAAUGAAGCACGAGAUUGCUGGGUAAAUGCGGGAGAGCGAGAUGUUGUCAUGUUGAUAAGGGCGUAAUUAUUACAUCCAUUGUCACUAAUUUAAUUUUAAUAUUUUAAUUGAUGGGUUUCUUCA